AUGAGAGAUCUGGGGAAGGGUUAUGCGAUAUCUAAACGAUCCGACUUACGCCUUUUGAGUCCUUUUGUCGAUCCGGACGGUAUAUUACGUGUCGGGGGCAGAUUAAAACUCUCCGAGCAGCCUUACCUGACUAAGCAUCCAAUCUUAAUUCCCAGUUCCCAUCCAUUCACACGAUUAGUGGUCCAGCAUUACCAUCUUAAACUGUUGCACGGUGGCGGCCGUGUAACCCUAGCUGCCAUUCGGCAAGAAUAUUGGCCAAUUCAAGGACGACGAGUGGUCAACAGCGUCAUGAGAAACUGUUUUAGAUGCACCCGUGCCUCUCCCGUUCCAGCAAAGCAGCAGACCGGACAAUUACCCUUGCAACGAAUCACUCCAAGCCGCCCCUUUUCGGUUACCGGUGUGGACUAUGCCGGUCCAGUAUAUAUCACGCCAAUACACAAACGAGCGGCACCUACAAAAGCCUACCUCAGCAUUUUUGUUUGUUUCGUGACGAAAGCAGUGCAUAUUGACCUGGUCAGCGAUUUGUCGACCCCCGCUUUCCUCUCUGCACUAAGAAGGUUCAUUGCCCGCCGCGGCUGCCCCACGCAUAUGCACUCCGAUAACGGAAAGAAUUUUGAAGGUGCACGUAACGAACUGCAUGCACUUUACCAGUUACUGCAGAAGGAGAAAAUUACCGGAGAAAUUGCCACAGACUGCGCAAACGAAGGAAUCCAAUGGCAUAUGAUCCCUCCGAAGGCUCCACAUUUCGGUGGAUUAUGGGAAGCAGCUGUAAAAGUCGCCAAGAAGCACUUGUAUCGCCAGCUUGGAAAUGCAAUGCUCUCUAUUGAGGAUAUGGCUACGGUGUUGGCUGAAAUCGAAUCAGCAAUGAAUUCGAGACCUCUUAUACCACUCACGGAGGAUCCAAAUGAUCUAGCAGUCCUCACACCAGCACACUUCCUGAUUGGCACUUCACAAUCCGCUCUCCCUGACGCCGACGUCAGCCAGAUGCCGAUCGGCCGCCUUGAUCACUAUCAACGUCUCCAGCAUCGAGCACAACAGUUUUGGUACCAGUGGACGACCGAAUACCUUCAAGAAAUGCAGAAAAACAACAAACAUAUCACACCAAACACUGCUUUCCAGCCCGGCAGAUUGGUAGUGGUCGUCGACGAGUUUCUCGCACCCGUAAAGUGGUCAUUAGCGAGAAUCAUCAGCACCUGUCCUGGACCAGACGGCCUUACCCGCGUCGUUGAAUUACGCACCAGCAAGGGAAUCAUUCGCCGACCGAUUACGAAGAUAUGCCUGCUGCCCUAUAAGGAAGAAUAA